UACCUUACUGAGUUUUACAACACGGUGACCAACCCAUUCUCCCUUCGUCUGUCUGGCUCUUUUGUUGUGGUUGCUGCCCACAAAGCCAGUCACUGCUGGCCAUGCUGCCAUAGCAACCAGGGAAUACUCACCGCCAUCACUGGAGUAGUGAGAGUGAGCGUGUGUUAGGGCUGUAGCCAGGAGGGGAAUGUGGUGAGUGAGGGUCCAGACAGAUCCCACAACAACAACAGCAGGGGGACUAUUUUUCACCUUUGCCUUCAAUUUUGAGACUUCAUUGCUUCAUCCUCCAUCAGGCUUCUGGCUCAGAGAUGGCUGCCAGCACUGCAGCCACAACUCUGCUGCCUCCAGUCAAGAGUGUGGUGGUGUAUAAGAACGGAGACCCCUUCUGCAAUGGACGGAGGUUCGUGGUCAACCUGCGACAGGUGGCCACCAUGGAGGCCUUUCUUAAUGAAGUGACCCUCAGCAUCGGAGCGUCCCUGGCUGUCAGGACUCUGUACACCCCGAGACAGGGCCACAGGGUCACGGAGCUCCAGGACCUCCAGACAGGAGCCAAGUACGUCGCAGCAGGCUUCGAAAGGUUCAAGAAAAUGGAUUACCUGAACACCAGAGAAAAAAAGAAGCCAGUCCCCCGUGAAGAAACCCAGGAACGUGUGCUUCAGGCGAGAGGAACCCAGAGGCCGAGCUUGUCAGCCAAGUGGAGGAAGUUACUGCCUGUGCCCUGCAUCAUACAUGUUUUCCGCAAUGGGGAUCUCCUGUGUCCACCAUUUCGAUUCAUUAUUCCUCGGAGCUUGCAGCGGGACUUGGAGCAGAUCCUAAGUCUGGUCACAGAGAAGGUUAGCUUACGAACCGGAGCAGUGCGCAGGCUGUGCUCUUUGGAUGGAGUGACCCUGUCCUCGGCUGGAGAGCUGCAGACAGGCCACUGCUAUGUCGCAGUGGGAACGGAGAAGUUCAAAAAGCUUCCGUAUGUGGAGCUGUUGGUUUCCAAAUCUACAGAGAGAUACUACCCAGGAAAGAGAAGGCUGAUAAGGAGAACAAAGAACAUGAAAGGAGAAGAGGGUCAAGAAGAUCAAUACAGUGAUUCAGCUCUCCUUAAUUCCCCAGAGUCAGAUGGCCGAAGGGUGAAGUCGACAGGAGAUGAAGCUGAACCUGCACAUGGUCCUGCAGAGCAGAGGAGCCGCAGGCAGGAAGCCGAAGAGGCCUCUGUGUUCUUUGCCAGGCCGGUCAAGGUCCGCAAAAACAGAGGACAGGCCAGAAUGCCACCAAGAAAUGAAUCUGUUCAGCCCAGUGUGUUUAAAAGAGCACAGAGGAGGAGGGAGGAGGUACGAGGAGCUGAAGUGGUGCAGGAGGAUGAAAACACAGCUACAGAGCUUCCUGUCGACCAGAGGGUUGCCGAAAUAAUCGAGGAUGAGGAACUAAACAACACAGACAACCCCCUGAGCCACACGCAGCAGUCAAGGCCUUCAUUAGUUACAUCUCAAACAAAACUCAGAGAGGAAAAGGAGCGCUCCCAGGAUGCCCCGUCAGAUACAGCAUCAUUAGGAAAACUGGAAAUCUAGACAGAAAUCUGAACACACAGCAACGAACUACAGGAAGCAGACGGCUUUAAUGACAACGGACGACACUCGAUGACAACAACAAACUGACGCUGUCCUAAAACACGAAUACAGACCAGUCAACACAGCAAAUCAGGACCAGCAGCUCUUUGAGGCACCGUGACACUAUGUGUAUAUCCGUUUGUAAAUCACGACUACAGCAUCUUUAUGGAAAUUGGGAAUGACAGGACUUACCUCGUUUGCCACCGUUAAGCAUGGUGGUACUAACAUUAGCUACUUAAAGCUAAACAAACUUAAAAACCUGUACGUUUCCACUGUUUGAGCACAAAAUGUGUCAUGAAGGAAAGAAAAUUAAUAUUUUUCUUUUGUAAACAGUUUAUAAAAAAACAAAGUUAUUUGAGCAAUGUUUCAAAUGCGUCAGUUAAACACAAUGACAGUACAAAUAUAUAUAUAUCUAUGUACAUUUGUUGAUGAUAAACACUGUACAAAAUAUUUAGCCAGCUACACUGUGUGCAUGAUUACUAGGCAAGCUGUCAUUAUUGAAUAUCUAUAGUCAACCCAAAAUAACACACACAAACCUGAAUAUCUAGGAUAGAUAUUCAGCAUUUGUAAACACAGUGUAGUAUAGUAAUCAGUUCUAACUCUUCCUUAAUUAGAAAUAUUCCACAGUACAUUAACUACCUCUGUAGUGCAUCAUGUGCACAAGGCAACAGGAGAAGAAGAAAACAAAUAAAUAAUUAAACAGCUUUGUUCUCCUCCUUGAA